CACUAGCAUCGAACAGUUGAAAGCCGUCGCUCAGCUAUGCAACACGAUGUUUCAUUCAAAAUAUAACUUGUUGCAGUACCAAAACGAUUUGGAUGAGGACGUCGUUGGCAUGCUGAAAAACCUGUCCUUGUCACGCCACGAUACACUUGGAUUGUGUCAGUACUGCAACCAGUACAUGCUCUGUGGAAAACAUCUUAAGAGGACGCUCACCGAGGAGGGUUUGUGUUACACCUUCAAUAUGAUGCCGGAAGAGGACAUCUUUCGCAAAAGCUCGCUCCACACGGACUAUACGUACACGGAGAGUUGGUUCUCUUUCUCGGACCAUGAAACACUGUAUGCACGUGGUGCAGGAUUGCAUGCCGGGCUUACAUUGUUCAUGCGACAAAACAAGGAAGAUGUGGACUACAUGUGCACGGUAUACCAUACAGAUGGCAGAUUCCAUGCGCACUGCAUCCAAAAAUAAAUAAAGACUAAUCCUUUACCUCCCAUUCCAUAGGGAUUCUCUCAAGGAUACAAGCUUAUGAUCCAUGAUCCGGGCGAGUACCCACAGGUGUCGGGCCGCAACAUGCGCAUACCCUUUGGUCACGAGAUC